AAUACUUAAAGAAUAAAAGUAAUACUGCAUCUGUCUUCUCCAAUUCCAGAAAGGCAGGCAUAAUUUUAUUUGGAAUGACCUGUAUCUGAUUGGUUCUUGAAGACCAAAUCUUGAAAGACCUCGGCCUUAGUUAUGGUACUUUAACUUCACCCUGGAUCCCACUGGAAGCCUAGAGACGCAUUGAAAUAGCAAGACUGAGACGCCAAAAAGUCAUAGGAUUUAUUCAAGACAAGAUCAUCUGGGAACAUUGUGUAUUGAAACGAGCUUGGUUCAAAUGGCGGCGAUACGACCAGUGGUUUUUAUCCGCCCAAUAUGUCUCCCGAAGACAAAACAUUAUUUGUAGGCGUCCUUUUUGGGAGUUGAGUUUUAGUCCUUUAUGGAUGAGACAGGUGGAGUAUCCGAAAGUGUUUCCGGGGGAUCCACCUGUACGUUGUUUCCUACCCCCGUUCUGGAUGAAAAUGAUGUAUCCUGGCCCAAAAAAUCCUCCUGACCACGUUGUUUUCAAAGUUCAUCCACAGAUGACUGGGAAUGAUGUUCGACAGUAUUUGGAGAAAAUAUACAAAGUUCCGGUUGCAGAUGUACGAGUGAAGAUGGUUUAUCACGACUUAGAGCCAAUCGAUACGCAUCCAAAGGAGCGUAUGCAACGUUCAAUAGAUUCCACAGUUUUCCCUCCUAAGCCUGAGCGUUAUGAAAAGGUUGCGUACGUACGACUAGCUCCAGGUGAAGUAUUCACUUUUCCAGACAUAUUUAAAGAUAAACGCCCAUCAGAUGUUAUGGAAACUUUCAAUGAGAAUGCUUCUACACCUAAGGAUGAAUCAAAGGAUGUUAUCCUAUCAACUGACAACCAAGUUAAACCAGAAACUGAGAAAUUUCAGCGUGUUAAAGGUUAUAGCAAAUGGUUUAAAUUUUAGUUGUUUGUAUGCAUUUUGACCAAUAAAAAUUCCCCCACA